CAACACACUUUUAAUUUUCGCUGCUUCGUCAAGAUCACGGCGAUCACCACUCGACUCGUUGUCCGCCGCCUUGUCCUCCGUCGGCACGAUCAAUUACAAUGGCCAAGGUCAGCCCGAACGUUUCGUCCUCGAGGCGCAAGUCUCGCAAGGCGCACUUCACUGCGCCUUCGAGCGUCCGCCGCAACAUCAUGAGCGCCCCGCUCAGCAAGGAGCUCCGUGAGAAGUACAACGUCCGGAGCAUCCCCAUCCGCAAGGACGACGAGGUCCAGAUCGUCCGCGGCUCCAACAAGGACAAGGAAGGCAAGGUUACCUCGGUGUACCGCCUGAAAUACGUCAUCCACGUCGAGCGUGUCACUCGCGAGAAGGCUACGGGCCAGACCGUGCCGAUUGGCAUCCACCCCAGCAACGUGGUCAUCACCAAGCUCAAGCUCGACAAGGACCGUGAGAACAUCCUGGCCCGCAUCAAGGCCGGCCGCGAGCAGGCCGCCAAGGCCAAGGGCAAGAGCAAGGCUUGAAUCGGCUGAGCCGGCGUUGAAGGGACUGAAGACGUGACGACACAAAGACAGAAACGGAAAGGAACAACUCGGUUCGGUUGCGACGAAGAGAAAUACCCCCCUACAUUGCUCCUCGUCGAGGGUCACCCAGUCGGCGCUGGCGUCUUUGCGGCUUCUGUUUUCGGUUGCAUACUAUGGCGGCUGUCGGUCAGUCUGCCACAUGGUACGACAGCAUGGGACGGACCUGGGAUCUAGAUGCAGAGUCAACGAAUCGAGACAUUGUUCUCAAUGGCCAUUUCACAAUGCCAGUCGCUCUGCGCUCGUUGUGAAAUGCUCCAUGGGAGGUUU